ACAUGUACCCCGUUUGAUCGCACAACCGACCAGUUACCCAUUGUGAGUAGGGUAAUUUAAUGACUGAUUAUGUGUACUUAUUAAUCGUCCUGCUCACAGGUAACUAAUACAGGUUCUAGUAAACCGGUAUUAAUGAGUGCGUUUCUUUUGUUUUAAAAUUUGGUUAAUGUGUUUUUCUACAGAUUUUAAUUUAUCCCCGAGUUGAUCCUGUGUAUACAUAGUAACAGAGGGAGUACGACCGGAGCGCUGGACGCUACGGAUUGACCUCAAGUGUCCGCUGAAGCUGACCACAGCAGUGAUUGACCACAAUUGGCCAUUGACCGCUUCCGGCUCCCUAUCAGCACGAGCGUUGGCAUGCGCAGAGAGGAGCGUUUUCGAGAAUCAAAUUGAGAGACUUGGAUGAUUCACACUGCAACAAAAAGACGAGGUAGUAAUUUGUAAAGAUGGAACCUCAUUUACCCAUUUACGGUGUAACACAUCUGGAAGUUCGGAUUCUUAGUCUGUGAUUUUAAUAUCUCAAUCAAAAUGUGACGCUUUUAUGCGCUAGCUUGGAUUUUCCUAGCACCGACGACUGUCGUGAUUAGUUUGAUGUGACAGUUAUUGCAAUAUUUGGUGGUGGUAGUUCGUUUAUUUUAGAAAUAUUGUUUUUCUUUUGUAACAAACAUUUGAGCUAUAAACGAGUAAACGUUAUCAUAAUGACCGUGACCCUGCUCGGACACCGGGCUUCCUCGCCGAAACCUAGCAACCAUUCCAGGAACCUACGCAAGUUACAGCACAACUUCAAUGACGCGCACAUACCCCGAUCGGGUAGAAUGCUUCCGGUGCCACCAUGUAAACCACCGGAAGCUCAAACUGGUGCCCGCCAAACACGUGCCUUGCCUCGAGUUCCCCGACCCACGGGGACGUCGGUCAACUCGAUAUCAGUGAACAUCCUCAGUAGUACCGAUACGGUUGCUCUCCAUGGCCGUGACGUCAACCCUGCUGCAGUUCCCACUCUUCCCCGGCAUCCACGUCAGCUUCCGAAAGUGCCAGCCGCAGGCGGCAAGGCGCAGGAGCGGAAGCAGUACAUGUUAGAGAUGUACCGUGGGGAGGGUGAUAAGUUUAUGGGGGAAGCGGAGUACGAAAAUGCCAUGGAUUCCUACAGCUCAGCGCUGAAACUUGUUCCGGACAACACGGAGACUUUCGUCGCCAGGUCACGCUGCAAUCAGCUGCUGGGCCGGAACCGGAAGGCGAUGUUAGAUGUGGACUCAGCUUUAGCUCUGGAUCCCACCUGUCUUGAGGCUCUUUACCAAAAGGCGGAAUUGCAAUUCUCAGAACGGAACUAUGAGUCGGCGCUUGUGUACUAUGGUAAAGGAUAUAGACAGAGACCGGACCUACGCAAGUUCCAGGAGGGAGUCGACAAAUCCUCGGAAGCCCUUAACAGCGGUACUUCCGGUCGACGAAGGAAUAUAACACAAGCUGGUGAUUUGUCUAUGCUCCUGAACAACUCCAAGAACCGCAAGGAUCCUAUCAGAAGACGGAACAACAUAACAAAGCUCUCCCCGAUUGCUAACUCAUCUGAGAGAGAUGCACCAACACCCACCUUCCCUCAGAGACAACAAAACCCAUUGGUCCGCAUGGAACAGGGGCGUGGCUCCAACGAACAUUUAAACCAACCCUCGCCAACACCUCCCAAGGUCACGGAUGACCAGGAUGUAACAGAGAAACGGAUAAAGGAGGUGCUGGGGAAGAUGUACAGCGAUAAAAAGUACCUAGAGAAACUCAUGGAGCAGGCAGACGUACCUCGUGGAAGUGUAGACCUUACCAACAUGGCGGAGACGGGUUUAAACUUCCUGUAUGACCGUGUGUUGUACUGGGUACGCCAGGGACGGAUUAUCCCCCCUGAAGCUCCCGGCACACGACCUUCUACUUUAAAAUCCACGAGCAAUGCCAGCACUGUUAAGGCGAAGUCGACAAAGAUACACAAGGAUGGUAAAGAAACCAAAGAAAAAGAUCCCAUGCCACCAGGAUCUUGGUUCAGGUAUCUUGACAAGAAAAAGGCCGCUGAGGCCAACUCUCGCAAAGCCAACCCGCCCCAGUUCGUUCAUGUCCUUGAAGGACAGAAAGUACAGUUGAAGGACACAUUGGACCCACAACGUUCCCAGCGACCCAUCAUACGGAGACCCAGACAGGAAAAUAACCUGAAGGUCAAGCGCGGGCGAAACAACACACUCAAGGAUAACCUGAGUCAACAUCACACGUCAUCUGACUCCGACUCCGGACUCAACAUCAGCUUUAGCACCUAUAAAGGUCACAGCGAAAUUGACCUUAAAUCGAACGGAAGCGCACGACGUAGGAGUCAGGAUGUUACAGAGGAAACUAUGACUCCGACAAAUACCCUCAAACUCCCUUAUGUUAAUACGGACAUGUCAAAAUACAAUCGGGGUCGACGUCGCAUCAGAAGAGAACCAAUCAUUUCGUAUAUCAAUAAAGUCAUGGAGGAUGUCGAAUUCGCCUACGUAGAAGGAAAAUAUUCCGAAUGCGCCAGGAAAGCCGAAUCUUGUUUGAACACUAUGAACAGCUACAAUAUGGAGGAAAUUCCGAACGUAAUGUCUCUCACUGCCAAGCUUUACUCCUACAUAGGAAACGCCGCCAUCGAAAUGAGGGAUUACGUCACUGGUCUCGAAUACCACAAGCGAGAUCUCGACAUCGGCGAACGGAAUAACGAUUCUGAGGCCAUAUCACGUGCUCUAGGAAAUCUCGGGAGAAUUUACGUGUUCCAAAGCAAGCACCAGAAGGCUCUAGAUGUAUUUUCCAGGAAGAUACAGCUUUGUACAACCCGUGUUGAGUCCGCAUGGUUGUACCACGAGCUCGGGAACUGUUUCCUGGUACUUGGCCAGUACGAGUACGCCCGAGAGGCGGCGCGUCGUUCCGUUGAGGCGGCUGAAGAGGCACUCGACUGGAACUACCAGCUUCAGAGUUCAGUUCUCCUAGGGGUCGCUGAAGUUAAGCUGCGUCAGUACCAUGCGGCCUUCAACACUUUCGAAAGAGCGAUGGAUCAGGCUAGAAUGCAAGGAGACAACAAAGCGGAAACUGCUAUCCGAGACGCUUUGAAUGAUGUAAAUGACAAAAUCGUCGAGGAACUCAAAACGAGGUCUAGGUCACAGGCCGACUUAACAAGGUCAAGAGCGGAGUAUGCUAAAUCUCGCACGGAGUGGUCUGACUAUUCUAGUAUCUAUAUUCCAGAAGACGACGGUGACGUGUCAUUGACCGAAACCGGAUAUGACACCGAAAACUUACAACUUGAACUCGAUCGUCUUAGAAGUGACCUUGACACCGCCAUGUUUGGCUCAUUUGCACAAUUACAAGAAAAUGGCAGAAAAUCUGGAGGUCAUGUGUCCUCGGAACUCAAAAAAUCCUUGCAAAAUGUUCAGAUGUCUGGGCGUAACUCUGUCACAAACUCUGUCAUAAGGUGUAGCACAGCCAUGGGAUAAGUGUACAUUACGUCAUCAAAUAAGUGAAGCGUUAUUAUUCGAAGGGAGAUAUUCAUUUUUGAUUUUGCAUUUUUAAGUUUUUGAAAGUUUUGAAGAAAGAAACGCUGCAUUCCAAUAAGAGGUUUAUAACGACAAACAUUUCUUAGAAAUGUGAAAAGACAACGAAAUGGCAGUGAUUGAUAUUACAUUAUGUAUGUAUAAAGAUAUUGAACAUAUUUCUCAUCGGGGAAAGGUGUUGAUGGUCGAUCAGUAAAAAAAUAGUUUACUAUUUAGCUGAUGACUUUUUGUGUAAGAGUGACCUCUAGAGACUUGAUGACGAGGUCAUCAACACCUUCCAAUCUAUGAUUAUCAAAAUACACGGGUCUGAUUGACAAUGUACAUGUACAAACGAUUUAUUGCAAUUAUUAAUGUGCCAGUGUUUUAGUACUUACAGAAAAAUAAGCGCUGUUUUACUUACAUAUCUGACACAAUUUUGACAUGUGAACGCAUUUUUGGUUAUAAAAUCUUCAAUUUUCGUUUCGCAGUUAAGAUUUCCAAAAUAUGGCGUUUAAAAUGUAGAUUUUAUAUGUAAAAGUACCGGAAUUUAGUGUCAACAAAUGUGAGCUUGUGAUGAGAUGACUACUUUGUUUUCGUAUGCAUGGGGAAACUACCAUGUUUAUAAAGUAGUAUCAAAUCACCUGACUAGGCAAACAUCUCUUUGUUUGAUUAAAUGGUUUUCGUUACAAUCAUUUCGAGUUAUUUUCGACUUACUGGUCCAAUUUUAUCAUUAACGUUGUCCAGUGAUGCGUGCACUAUUGUGAACAAUUGUUUCCGGACCUUGACCUUGUAUCUGUCCGGUCAGUCCAAUUAUAAAACAAGUCGAUCGUUUGCUGCAUGUUUUGGCAUUGUCUGUAAUAUGCGGGUAAGCCUGUCUAAGCCGAAGACUUCAGGAUCAAAUCUCAUUCUUCAGAUCAUGCUGAAGUUUACACAUCUUCACAAGUUUACGUAGGGCUGUAGAUUGUGACUGUCUGGUUGCGCAAUUUUCCGGAUUUUGCAACGUUCGGAUUAGACAGGCUACCUUGAACGAGACGCUGACUUAUAACAUGAAAAAGAUUAAGUAACGGUAAUGUUAAAAAAUUGUUCCAAACACGUGCACUUUUUCGCAACGAAAAUUCUUAUAAGGCAAAUAGUAUCACACUCUUGAACAGUAUAAUAUGACCCUCACUGAAUGAGUUCAUGCGCACUCAGUAAUUAUUUUUCUCGUGGCGAUGUUGAUAACCUCCUCUUUUUUACAAAGGAAAAGAGGAGUGGUUUGGCAUGACGUCAUUACUAUCUACGCACGUGAACCGCCUCGAACACUGUCGGUUCGCAGAUUCACAGUAGCCAUAUCAAAAUUACGUCACUUUAAUGUGCAUGUUGGCAAAUUCAAGGUUAUGUUAAAUUCUCUUUCGCUUUUAUUUCGUUUCGUAAUGAUAUACGUCGUCGAGUUGUGUAAUAAUACAUAACCUUGGAUUGCCGAUUUCAUUUCAUUAUUUACAUGUUGUUCUGUUGUUUGACUUUGCUAGCAUCAUUCAGUAGUUUCCGUUGUUUGCCACUGUUUAUAAGACCCUGUACAAUAAAUCUGUUGUUUUCAUAUAAAC